GGAAAGACGGGCAGUGUCCUCCUUGGUCUGCACCAUAGCCUUGAAAACAUCUUGCUACUCGUAGGCAAUGCGGGAGACGUACUCCGAGUUGCAACCCUGCAUUCAAGGCCCAGUCCAUCCGUCGUCCCUGGCAUCCAGUCCUCGUUCCACUCUUAUAAAAUGCCACUACCGUGCCGCCAACUACCGCGAUACGAACCCGGUUUCUGCUCUUGAACCCUGACUCCUUGCCUACGUACCCACCUUAAGGUAGUCAACAACUAGUAGUACUUCCAGGAUCACCCAACCCCUUCAACCACAAUGAAAUCCCUCCUCACCCUAGCCGCAGCCACCUUGUUCACCGUGAACACCGUCGCGGGGCACUACAUCUUCCAGCAGUUCUCAGCCGGGGGCACCAAGUACCCGGCAUGGAAAUAUGUCCGGCGUAACUCGAACCCGGCGUGGCUGCAAAACGGGCCCGUCACGGACCUGGCGUCCAAGGACCUGCGAUGCAACGUCGGCGGCGAUGUUAGCAACGGCACCGAGACCAUCACCAUGAAGGCCGGCGACGAGUUCACGUUCACUCUCGACACGGCUGUCUACCAUGCCGGGCCGGUUUCACUGUACAUGUCCAAGGCUCCUGGCGCGGUGGCUGACUAUGAUGGAAGCGGGCCGUGGUUCAAGAUUUAUGAUUGGGGCCCGUCGGGGUCGAGUUGGCCGAUGAGGAUCUCAUACACGUACAACAUCCCCAGGUGCAUCCCCGACGGCGAAUACCUCCUGAGAAUUCAGCAGUUGGGAUUACACAACCCUGGUGCGCCGCCUCAGUUCUACAUUAGCUGUGCCCAAGUCAAGGUCACCAACGGCGGCAACACCACGCCCAGCCCGACCGCGCUCAUCCCCGGCGCCUUCAAGAGCACCGACCCUGGGUACAAUAUCAAUAUCUACAACAGCAACCUUGCAAACUACGUCGUCCCGGGUCCCAAAGUGUUUACGUGCUAAGUGUUACCUCGACAAGAUUGGGUUGGUCAAGCAGAGCGGCCAUUUUGUAUGUAUUUGGUUGAGUAGUCUGCUUCACGUACGAAUUCGAACUGUAUUGGUCGAUGUCUCUUGUUCUUGUGCCGGGUGUUGUCUGGUAUCUCUUAUGCUUGCCCAUAGCACCCUGCAGGGGGAACUCAAGUUGACUGACUGGUGAAGCAUGAAUGCAACAUUUCUCUUCAACCCAUGAUCCAUCCAAUGAGUCCUCUCUUAUUACCUACAUAAUGGUUGAUAUGAUUACCGUUACAUGUAUGUAUAUAUGAUGCGCCAAAGUGCCAAACUCCCGUCAAUGCAUCCGACUCCUCAACCUAAUAAAGCAGACAACGCUUUCCAG